AUGGAAGGCAACAAUCCGUUUGGUGCUCCCACCGCCGCCGCCGCUGUACCGGCAGGAUCCACCACGUACCAAGACACGGCGGUAGAAAGUGGGGGAGGCAAUCCGUUUGCGUCUCCGUCGUCACCGGAUCCGUACGGUACAAACCCUUACGUAACUGCCACCACCGCACCCGACCCAUCGUCGGCGUACGGUGCUCCGUCGGCCCCCAACGCCUACUACGGAGCCCCACAGCCACCACCACCACCACAACAAUGGAACACGGGGUACGCAGCCUCCCACGCGAAUCCGUAUUCGACGACGGCGCCGACGAAUCCACCUCCGCAAUCGUACGGCAACGCGUUGGUCCCCGCCCCGCAGUCUGCUAAUCCGUACGCCGCAGCAGUCGUGACUCCGCAGUCACAAUCACAACCUUCGCAGUAUGCCUCACAAGCCAUGGUGCCGAGUACGCAAGCACCGGUGAAUCCGUGGAGUGUGGGGGACUACCACGGAACUGCGACGACUCCAGCCGCAGGGUUUGAUCCGUUUGCCCCUCCCGCUCCGACGCAACCCCAGCCCGGGUAUGCUUCCGCCGGAUCACCUCCGAAUCCCUACGCCAACCAGGAUGUCUUUGGUGAUUCGACGACACCGGCCCAGUCCGCUCCACUGGACGACGAAAACCCAUUUGGUCCCUUUGACGCUCCGGCUCCCACUCCGGCUCCCGUCACGACUCUCGAUCACUACCAAUCGAGAGCGUUGGAACGUCGGGAGGAUCACGGUCCACCGCCACCGCAGGAAAACCAGACACCACGGGACUAUUCCGACGCCAUUGUUCCACACAAUCCCAGUGGCGAAGACAAUCCCUACCCCGUGGGAUCGUCCGAACGCAACCGCUACAGUCAAGAACUCGCUCGACAAGCGCCACCCGGAGCCUCCCCACUACCCAAGGCCGAACUCGUGCGCAAGAAAGGAUUCGUGCUCUCGCGGAUCUCGUUCCGGACAAUUGUCAUGAAGAAAUGGAAACAGAGCUUUUGGGUACAGUAUGGACCCCACACCAUGCUGUGGUUCCGGACACAGGCCGAUUUCGACGAUUGGCUCAACAAUCCCUACCACAAUCAGCAACAACGCAAUUUCAUGAUCAAACUCGCCGUUAAUUUCGUGCACGAUCUCUACAAACCCAACGUUCGCGGAUACCAAGUCACACAGUGUCGCACCAAGGGAUACGGCAACAAACUCGUACGCCAGUUCAAACUGGAACGGUGGAUGGAUUACGGACCCACUAUUGCCGCAGCCUUUGGUUCUUAUGAUCCCAAAGAAGUCGACGCUUUGCGCGAAGCCCUCGUGGAGUGUAUGCGGAACACACCCUUGAGUGGCGGUAUUCGAGCCACGGGUGCCGUCCGACAAGAUUACGCCGAACCACACGACGACAACGGCUAUGACCGCCACCACCAGGACAACAAUGGCCACCACGACCAUCACCACAACGGUGAUCGCGGCGAUUACGAAGGUCAUUCCGGGGGAAAUCGUGGACCGCCUGUGGACUACCACAAUCCCAACAAUCGAAACGACAACCACCAGACGGAGCCAGAGUCCGUGGCAUACGAGGAAGAUUUGUUGGACGUCGAUAACUGGGAUGACGUGGGCACAGCGGGUGGACAAAGCAGUUACGGGCCGGAUUCCAGUACCACACCAUCCCAAGUGGGAUACCCCAGUUACGGUCAGUCCCAAACGGUACCGUACGGACAGCCUCCACAGUUGCAGCAACCGUUCGGACAGCAACAGCCUCAACAACCGUACGGACAGCAACAGCCCCAGCAACCGCAACCGUACGGACAGCAACAACCCCAGCAACCGCAACCGUACGGACAGCAACAACCCCCGCAACCGCAACCGUACGGACAGCCACCGCAGUCGUACGGGAGUUACCCACAGCAGCAUCAGGCGAACGCCACCCCCAACUACCAAAGACCGACGCCAAACGCCCCCGCAGCGUAUCCCGGCGCCCCGGCUUAUGGCAAUGCCCCUGCGAAUCCCUGGGAUACGCCCCAACCGCAGCCCACCUAUGCUGCCCAGAAUCCGUUUUAAACACAAACUUGUUUUAUGUUGGCCUCAUUCUGUGUUAGGAUAUAUAUCCCCCCAAACCUUAAUACUAGUAGUGCUUUGUUUACGUCACU